AUGGAGCAAUAUCCGCUGCCACGGGUUGACCAUAUCUUUGCGAACCUCAACGGCGGAGAAUCUUUUAGCACAUUGGACUUGAGAAACGCCUAUAAUCAGCUGCCCCUUGACGAGGACUCGAAGAGGCUAGUUGUUUUGAACACGCACAAGGGUCUCUAUUGUUUCAACAGGCUGCCGUUCGGAGUGUCGUCAGCGCCAGCAAUCUUCCAGCGGCGCAUGGAGGCCGUGCUCAGCGGGAUCCCCGACGUGCAGGUAUACCUGGACGACAUAAUUGUAUCGGAAAAGGCAAACGACUGCAGGAUCCUGGAGCAAGUGCUACAGUGCCUGAGGGAACACGGCCUGCGCCUACGACGGGAGAAAUGCAAGUUCAGGCAAGAGCAAGUCACCUUUCUCGAACACUGCAUCGACAGACACGGCCUACGCCCCAAAAGCGACAACAUCACGGCACUGCUCGACGCCCCCCAGCCCACUUCGGUGCGAAAGUGGAUCCUGCAGGGCUGGCCACAGUACCUGACAGAGUCCGAGGAGCAAUUCCGGCCGUUCUUCCAGAAAAAGGAUGAGCUGGCGUUGAAUCAGGACCUCAUUUAUUGGGGACAUAGAAUAGUAGUGCCAUCAGCGGCUGCUGGGAGUCUUUUGAGGCUCCUACAUGAAACACAUCCAGGGAUGGCGGCAAUGAAAAACCUUGCUCAAACCAUUUUUUGGUAUCCAGGGCUGGAUGCCGACAUCGAAAGGAGGGUUCCGGCGCCAUGGCCAGAAACGGGCUGGAAAUGGUCUCGAGUGCACAUCGACUACGCAGGCCCCGUCGAAGGACACAUGCUACUGGUGGUCGUAGAUGCUGAAACAAAGUGGCUGGAGGCCAUAUCGAGGCGGAGUACGACAUCAGAAGCCACCGUGGAAGCAUUGAGGCCCAUAUUUGCCAGGUUCGGACUGCCACAUAUACUUGUUUCAGAUAAUGGGCCACAGUUCGUCUCAGCAGAGUUUCAGAAGUUCGUAAGAAUGAACGGGAUUAACCACGUGACGACGGCGCCUUACUACCCACAGUCAAAUGGCCUGGCGGAACGCGCGGUUCGCAUGAUCAAGGAAGGCCUUCGAAAAAGCCAAGGGGGUGGCACAUUCAUUAAACGUCUCAGUCAGUUUUUAUGCCGAUACCAACGGACACCGGUAAAGGCUGGGAAGUCUCCGUCCAAACUACUGCUGGGUUAUCAGCUACGAACCAGGCUAGACUGUUGCCUCCCGAGUGCAGGCGGGGAACCGCGUCUUGAAGAGCGCUCCUCCACCAUGCCGUUCUGUGCAGGACAGCCGGUGUGGCUGAGAAGUUUCCACAGCCGGCCAAAAUGGUUGCCGGGAGUGGUCACCAGUACCCAAGGGGCUCGGAUGGCGACUGUGUCUACGCCGGACGGCGAGCAACGUCGUCAUGUGAACCAACUGCGGCUGCGCACUCCGAAGGACUCGAACACGACGCAGCCAGGAGGCGCUACAACAUCCACCACCACCGCUAACGAAACCUCGCCGAUGCCAGCCGGCAUGGCUGACCCCACGCCGGCGGGGUCGCCGCCCUCUAGCCAACCUGAGGCACCGCCGCCGCUUCGCCGGUCCAACAGGCUACGGCGACUACCUCAAAGGUUCAACUGGUAA